AGAGCGGUCGAUUCCUCGCCACCAGACUCGAUUUUCACGCGAGGUGGUCUCGGCUAUGGCACGACGCAUAGAUGCCUUCCGGAGCCAACUCGUCCGGAUGAGGAACGCGGCCACUUGCCGUCGGGAUUACGCCGUCCGAGAGGGUCAGCCUAUUGCUUCUCACACCCGCACAAGACCUGAGGGGCGGAGGGAUCCGCCGAGGUCCAGUUCGAGACGUCGUCACACUUCGUCAGGGGGUAGAGGCGGUCGCCCAGAGGCUGCUCGAGCUGACGUUGCAGAGGGCUCGGUAUCUUCCUCUGAGGGUGCUCAUGCUGCACCGGUAGGAGAGGCUACCUCGGCUUUCAGAGGUGGUGGGAUGUACGAGGUUGGCUCGUCAUCGUAGCAGGCUCCGCGGCCUCAGCCUCAGGUUGAUCCUGACUAGAGUGGUCCUAUAUUGAGUCUUCCUCUUCCUACGGAGACUGAAGCUGCAGCUGGAGUUGGUGGAGAGGUGACUCCUCGUACAUCGCAAUUUUAUGAUAUGAUGGGCCUACGUUCUCCAGCGCCGUAGUUUGU